CGCGGCGGGGGCUGCGGCUUCAGUUUCUUAGAGCCUCCAUCGUGUUUCCUGAAGAUGGGUAUCCAUUGAUUUGCAUCCUUGUGAAUCUGAGCCACAACUCUCCAUCAUUCCCACAAGGCUCUCACAAGUGACUUGAAUCUGACCAGAUGAAUUUCUCAUGAGCACAUGAAGGGCUUCCAACUCUCGCCGCCACCUUCUGAAGGUUCACACCUCAUCCCUUUGAGCAUCAAUUUCUAAUUUUGCCCUGGGACCGACACAACUCGGCAGGGUGUGUCUGGCAGCUACUUCAGAAAACAUGGCCAAGUUUGCCCUGAAUCAGAACCUGCCCGACCUGGGCGGCCCUCGCCUGUGCCCCGGCCCUACCGCGGGCGCCCGCAGCCCGACCUCGCCCUAUUCAGUGGAGACGCCGUAUGGCUUCCACCUGGACCUGGACUUCCUCAAGUACGUGGAGGAGCUGGAGCGCGGCCCCGCCNAACUGUCGCCACGCGUGCCCGUGCGUAACCCGCGCGUCGAGCACACGCUCCUGGAAACUAGUAGGCGGCUGGAGCUGGCGCAGGCACACGAGCGCGCGCCCAGCCCCGCCCGCGCCGUGCCGCGCAGCCCGCGGGGAUCUGGCCGCAGCAGCCCCGCCUCCAACCCCGCCCCUGCUUCUCCCGGUCCCGCGCAAUUGCAGCUGGUGCGCGAGCAGAUGGCCGCGGCUCUGCGGCGCCUGCGCGAGCUCGAGGAACAGGCGCGCGCGUUGCCCGAGCUGCAGGAGCAGGUGCGCGCGCUGCGCGCCGAGAAGGCGCGGCUGCUGGCUGGACGCGGGCAGCGGGAGCCCGACGGGGAGGCCGAGGCGCGCCCCGACAAGCUAGCUCAGCUGAGGCGGCUUACCGAGCGCCUCGCCACCUCCGAGCGCGGCGUUCGCUCCAGGGCCGGUCCCGGGGUCGAUGGUCCCGACGGGCCGGUUUCUAGGCGCACUGAGGGCGCGCUCGAGGUCCCCGACGCAGCCGGGACCCCAGACGGGGCACCGCAGAUGCGGGAGGCUGACGCCCAGGCGGUGCCCGAGACCCAAGACGCUGGAGCCCAGGCAGUGCCGGAGACCCGGGAGGCAGGCGUGGAAGCGGCCCCCGAGACCCUCGAGUCGGACGCGUGGGUGACCGAGGCGCUGUUGGGGUUGCCCGAGGCCGCCGAGCGCGAGCUGGAGCUGCUCCGCGCCAGCCUGGAGCACCAGCGCGGGGUGAGCGAGCUCCUGCGCCGCCGGCUGCGCGAGCUGGAGGAGGCCCGCGAGGCUGCUGAGGAGGCGGCGGCGGCAGCUGCGGCGGCCCAGCCCCAGCCGCGCGAGGCUGCCACCCAGACCCCGUGGGGUUGUGCCGCGAAGGCCACACAGACCGAGACCCCCGCGGAGGCCCCUAGCCUGAGUCAGGAGAACCCGUCGGGAACCACGGAUGGCGACAGAGCCGUGGCCCCCGCGGGCAUCCUCAAAUCCAUCAUGAAGAGGAGAGAUGGUGCACCUGGCGCCCAGCCCAGCCCCGGACCCAAGAGCCUGCAGUUUGUUGGGGUCCUCAACGGAGAGUACGAGAGCUCAUCCAGCGAGGACGACAGUGACAGCGACAGCGAGGACGGUGAUGCCGAGCCUCCGAGGAGCAGCUCGUCCGGGGAUGACAGCGGCAGGGAUGUCGGGGACGACAAUGUCAGGGAUGCCCUGGACGCCGAGCCUGAGCCCGAGCCCGAGCCCGAGCCCAAGCCCGAGCCGGAGCCGGAGGCAGAACUUCAGCCUGGUGCGCAGGGGAGGUCCGAGCUGAGCCCGCGUUUGAGGGAGGCGUGCGCAGCGCUGCAGCGGCAGCUGAGCCGGUCCCGCGCAAUCGCCCGCGAUGGCGGCGCAGCGCGCCUAGUGGCCCAGGAGUGGUUUCGAGUGUCGAGCCAGCGGCGCUCUCAGGCGGAGCCCGUGGCUGGGGUCCUGGGCGCGGUGGCGCGCCUGGGACCCGAGCUCCUGGCGCACGUGGUGAACCUGGCGGAUGGCAACGGGAACACAGCCCUGCACUACAGCGUGUCCCACGGGAACCUGGCCAUCUCGAGCUUGCUACUGGAUACCGGGGUCUGCGAGGUUGACCGCCAGAAUCGGGCUGGCUACUCAGCCCUCAUGCUGGCUGCACUCACCUCUGUGGGGCGAGAAGAGGACAUGGCUGUGGUUCAGAGGCUCUUCCACAUGGGCAAUGUUAACGCCAAGGCCAGCCAGACAGGACAGACGGCGCUCAUGCUGGCCAUCAGCCACGGCCGCCAGGACAUGGUGGCGGCCCUGCUGGCAUGUGGGGCAGACGUGAAUGCACAGGAUGCCGAUGGGGCCACAGCGCUGAUGUGUGCCAGCGAGUACGGGCGCCUGGACACUGUCAGGCUGCUGCUGGCCCAACCAGGCUGUGACCCAGCCCUCCUGGACAACGAGGGCACCAGUGCCCUGGCCAUUGCCUUGGAGGCUGAGCAGGAUGAGGUGGCUGCCCUGCUGCAUGCCCACCUGAGCGCAGGCCAGCCUGACACCCUGUCACCCCUUGAGUCCCCCACGGCUGUGCCUGGUGAAGGAGAAUGCAGUGACCAUAGAGAAGACCCCCAACCUCAGUGAGCACCCUGGACCUGGAUUGGAAAAGUCUGUUCCUUCCUCCACCCCACCCUCUGGGGCACAGCAGGGGCCAGGGUUUGCUAUCCAGAUGCUAGCCUUGGCCAAGAGAAAGGUCUGGAUGGCUCAGUGCUCAGGAGGGGCUCACCUUGGACCAUCGGGGUGAGGAAGGGGCUGAAAAGUGACAAGGGUCCUGAGUCCACCCACUUCCAGAAUAAAACAUUACUAACUCAACUUGAGUCUUGUUCUGGGGACACAUACACAUAGUUCCCCCUACCCCUAAGUCACCAGAGGGCAAAAGGUGGAAGGGGCUCUGGAAGAUUUUAUAAGCCCAGUGACAGCCAAACGAGAUCCCAAGUUUACAUACGACAUAAACGUUUAUUAACAAUCGCAGAUCAUCCCUGUGAGCCAAGUGGUCGAUCCAGAUAUCCAGGACUCUGUAAACAGACCCAAACAUGAGAUACUAAGGGGCCACACAGCAAACCCCUCCCCAAUCUUGCAAAUCUCACUAGACUCUUUCUGCACUUCCCACCCCAAGAUCCUCUUAACCAUGGAUCUGGCGAAGCCUCCCUACUACCACCAAGGGUCUAACGGUCCUGCUGUUUUCCACCCCAGUCCCGCACUCACCAGCCACAAGUUCAGCGCAACCUCCGAGCUUCUCGCUCUGACUCCAAUAGGGUGAGCACGUCGCCCUCGCGCACAGGGCCUUUCACGUUG